UUUUUUAUUUUUUACUCUCUUCUUGUUUAAAAAUCUAUAAAAAGCUAGUUUCUUAAGGUAUAGAAUACAAACAAGAAAUACAGUCUUUGAAACAACAAAAAUAUGCUUCAAGCCAGUUCAAGAAAUAAUACACAUAUGUUAUCUACACCUCGUUCAGCCUCAUCUAGUUCAAGAACCACCCGAGUGAUGGAAGAACUACAAGACAACUUGGAAACGAUUCAAAAAGAACUAGAAAAUACUAAAAUUCAAUUGUUGACAGUCAAAGAAAACAAAGAACAGAGUGAAAAAGAAAAUGAAGAGUUUAUUGAGAGCAAUAAACAACUUAGGGCUGAUAUUCAAGAAAUCAUGCAAAUACUUGAAUCCAAGCAACAAUUACUGGAUUCCACCAAAAAGACAUCCAUGGGCACAGAAAACCAAGUGAAGCAACUGAAAGAUGAAGCUAUGGCUGCCAGAAAGGAGUUGGACGACUUGAAACGGAGAGAACACACGAUCGAAAAAGAAUGUCGUACAAUUGAAUUGCUCAAGGAAAAGCAGUUGCAGAACAAAAAGACACUUGAGCAAUCGGUUGCACAAUCACAGGCUGAGUUUGCUAAGGAAAUUGGAGCACUUGAAAUGGAAUUGGCUUCUGUACAAGACCAAAUUCAGGCUUUGAAGCAAAAAGAUGUUGCAGCUGAAGCGAAGCAGAUGGUUGAAAAACAGGCCAAGGAAAGACAGGCUUUGAUUCAACACUACAAACAAAUUCAAGAACAAAUAGAAUCCAAUCACCAACAGUUUGUUGACCUUGUUAAGCAAGAAUUAAAGGAAUUAAUGGAACAAGUGACAGAAGAAACUGGUUUAGAUACGCAAGUCAAUCACUGUAAAGAAGAUGUUGAUAGCUUAAUUGCUCGUAUCAAAUCAAAUGCUGCUGUGUCAAUAACCGAAUAAACUAGUUUUUUUUUAAUUGAAGGUGUGACAAUGCCUUUUUUUUUGUUCUGUAUUUUUUUGUUUGUCAACAUGAUGAAAGGCAUCGUAUUUCAAUAAGCACUUUUUUUUUUAAUUAUUUAUUUAGCUUUCUUGUUCAAUUAGCCGG